GGCCAGGCGCCGGAAGGGGCGCCGUGCCGAGUGCGACAUCCCCAAAGCAGCGUCCUGUCCUGAAGGUACUGCUUAGGAUGAAUGUGAUUUGGAGAAAUUCUGUUUCCUGUCUAAGGCUAGGAAGAAUGCCUCACAGAUACCAAAGUGGUUACCACCCAGUGACCCCUCUGGGAUCAAGGAUUUUAACUGAUCCAGCCAAAGUUUUUGAACACAAUAUGUGGGAUCAUAUGCAAUGGUCUAAUGAAGAAGAAGCAGCAGCCAGAAAAAAAGUAGAGGAAAAUUCAGCUGUGCGAGUCCUUCUGGAAGAACAAGAUAAGUAUGAGAGUGAAGCUAGUAAAUACUGGGACAGAUUUUACAAGAUUCAUAAGAAUAAGUUUUUCAAGGAUCGUAAUUGGUUGUUGAGGGAAUUUCCUGAAAUUCUUCCAGUUGAUCAAAAAACUAAAGAGAAGGCGGGAGAAUCAUCAUGGGAUCACUUAAAGACUAAUGCUGCAAAUUGUUUCUCAAGAAUGCACUGCCCUACUAUGCCUGAAGAAACAAAUCAUUGUAAGAAAAAUCUGGGCUUGUCAGAUGGUCAAAGCAAAGCAGAAUCUAAUUUUUCCAAUAUAUACACUGAAGAACACAGAAAAGGACCUCUGAAGACUGAAUUGUUUCCUGGUAGCAAUGCCACUUUCAGAAUACUAGAGGUUGGCUGUGGUGCUGGAAAUAGUGUUUUUCCAAUUCUGAACAACUUGCAGAAUGCUCCAGAGUCCUUCCUUUAUUGUUGUGAUUUUGCUUCUGGAGCUGUGGAACUAGUAAAGUCGCACUCAUCCUACAGAGCAGCCCAGUGUUCUGCUUUUGUUCAUGAUGUAUGUGAUGAUGGUUUACCCUACCCUUUUCCAGAUGGGACCCUGGAUGUCAUUCUGCUUGUCUUUGUGCUCUCUUCUAUUCAUCCUGACAGGAUGCAAGGUGUUGUAAACCGAUUGUCCAAGUUACUGAAACCUGGAGGAAUGCUGUUAUUUCGAGACUAUGGAAGAUAUGAUACGACUCAGCUUCGUUUUAAAAAGGGGCAUUGUUUAUCUGAAAAUUUUUAUGUUCGAGGAGAUGGUACCAGAGCAUAUUUCUUUACAAAAGGGGAAAUCUACAGUAUGUUCUGCAAGGCUGGUUUAGAAGAAAAGCAAAAUCUGGUUGAUCGUCGUUUACAAGUUAAUAGGAAAAAACAAGUGAAAAUGCACCGAGUAUGGGUUCAAGGCAAAUUUCAGAAGCCAUUGUACUGGACUCAAAAGAGCUCCAAAUUGGUAUUUUCACUCCUUUCUCAUGACUGAACUAUGUACCAAGCAAAGGUACAAAACCAGAGGACUGUACCAUUCAAAGACUCCUAUAAAUCUUUCACUUCUCAAAAGACAAUGAGAAGAAAAGAAGGGAAUAUGUAUUUCCUGCAGUUUCACAGGCGAGCUCUUUUGUGCAUCUUCUGUGAUUUGGAAGAGUGCACCAUUUUCUGUAUUUUCAAAACUUGAUAUGCCCAAGCUUGUUUGGGUUUAUUACAUCUAACCAUUUUGUUUGUUCCUUGAAUUUUAUAAGCAUUCAAUUAAAUUACUGAUAUAAGUCAGAUAAUUUUGAGAAACCAUAACCCGUCAUUUGUUAGAAGUGGGAAAAAACAUUUACUUUGUUUACACAUUAGGCCUAGUAAACCAGUUCCCAAACACAGUCAAACUCUCCUCCACUAUCAUCUGAUAAUAGAGAGGCAGCACGCCUUGUUUCCGGGGAAAGCUAUAAGCCUAAGAUCAAGGUAUAUUGUUGUUUUGUUUUGUUGUUGUCUGUUUUCCCAAAGCUUUUUUUUUUUUUUUUUAAUUCAGAGACUAAUGUCUGAAAUACAACUUUAGUUUCUCUUUUUUAAAAAAUAAAUGAGGAAGUAUGGCCCAUGCUACCAUUAUUUUCAGGCUACUCUGAGAGGUACAAGUUGUUGUAAGUGUCAUACCCAAGAAAAUUCUUAAAUUAUAGCAAUUAAAAAUUUAUUUACCCCUCGACUUAAAAGUAUAUAAGUUGGCUUGCCAAUUGCACUUUGUAAAAAUGGAGUUUCUAAGAUUGGUCUUUCAUUCAUUAUAUGAUAUUUAUUGAGUACUUACAUUGUGCAGAAUUAUAUGGAAUAAUACAAUCAAUAAAGACCUAGCCCUGUCUUCA